AUGAGCUCCUCCUCCAUCUCCUCUCGUCUCCAACAAAUUCUCGAUCUACAAAAAAAGGGAGACAUUGCCAGUGGUCAUUCCAUUCUCGUUCAAAUGACUCGAGAAGCUCGUUCCAUUGAUUUUCAAAAAGAAUUAUUCGAUCCUGCUUCCGAAGCUCUCGAUGAUUUAUGUUUAAUGCUCUCCAAUAAGGAAAUGAAUUUUAAAUUUAUUGUGGUGAAUAUUUUAGCCACUGUGGCAAGUUUGAAUCCAAAAUUGUGUCAGGAAAUUGUGAAGAGAUCGGAUACGGUGGAUGAAAUGAUUUCAAUGGCUCGUGAACACAAGAAUAUGAUUCAACCUGUGAGAGAUGUCACUGCCUUUUUGAGAAAUGCUGCAUUGAUUGCGGACAACAAAUCAACUCUCACUCGAUUCAAGUGUCACGAAAUGGCUGCGACUCUACUCGCUCAUUAUUUAAAGAAUGUAAAACAAGCUGAAUUUGCAUUGGAUAAUUGUUGUGCCAUUUUGGCAUUACUUGUGAAAAAUGAUGCAGAAUUAGCAUUUAUGGUUGGAACUACUCUCAAUGUCAUUUCAUUGUUAAAAACCAUCUUGUCGGAUGUCACUCUUCAACAAGAAGCUAAAGAAAAAACCAAUCAAAGCGCUCAACGUCUCUUGAAAUCCAUUCUGCAAUUGUAUCAAUAUUUAUGUCACUUUUCAAAUGCAAACCACAAAACAAUGGUAGAAACAGGAUCUCAUCUUGUUUUAUCAAAUUUAUUUGGAUUAUAUCAAUCUUGUUUUGAAGAAGCGUCACAAGCUGCCUCUAAAGUUUUACACAUUAUUGGACAAACACAUUUAAUUUCAAAUGAAGAAGAAAGUCAAUCAUUGAAUGAAGAAUCAAUGAGUGGAGUUGUGAAUGACUUGAAAUCUGGAAUUCCUUCCAAACAAAAGAAGGCAUGUGAAUUGUUAUGGGAAGCAACAGAAGACGAUGAAAAUAUUCCUCCAUUUGUGAAUUCUGAAAUUCCUGACUUGUUGAUUGGAUUGUUGGAGAGUGAAUAUUUGCAAAUUUUAGAACCAUCGACUGGAGCACUCUCAAAUUUGGUUCGUGAUCCUGCUGUACUGGUCAAGAUGGCAUCCAAGAAAAUCCUUUCCAUUCUCUCUGCAUUUAUCAAACAAGAAACAAGCUCAAAAUUAGUUCUCAAUGCAGUUGCCAUUUGUGUUUAUAUUGGUAACUCGAGAACACUUUUAGAAAGAUUGAGUGAAAUUAACUUUGCUUCCAUUUGUGCUCAAGCAUUUGACAGAUACUUCCAAAUGAUAGAAAUCAAAGAAGUGUCACCAGUCGAAAUUCAAAUAUUGAUGGCUCUUUUGAAAUUAUUUUCCAACUUUGCUAGAACUAAAAUGUCAGCUAUUGAAUUGAAAGAUACUGGAAUUGUUGAUACCAUGUUACGUGUCAUUAUGAAAGAACCUACUCGUCAAAAUUUUGAAAUUAGAAAAAGUUCAUGUGAAACUCUCUAUAACUUGUACAAUGUCGAUGAAAUUAGAGAUUACAUUGAUAGUAUUGAAGGUGCUAUGGGAUACAUGACAGACAUGAUUGGAAUGAUUGAUUUAUCCAAUUGUGACAGAAUUCUCAGUAUGAAAAAUAAUGGAGCUACUGAAGAUGAAAUUAGACAAGCUCUUGAUGAUGAUAAUGCUUCAUUUAAACCCAUUGAUAGCAAUGCCUUCAAAUUGGCAAGCUUUGAUGAUGAUGAUGAUGAUGAAGACGAGGAAGACGAAGAAGAGGACGAAGAAGAAGAAGAGAAUAAUGAAAUGACUGAACUCAGACCUUCUAAUGAUGAAGAAUUAUUGGCCUCUGAAUUGGAACCUGCAGAUGAAGAAGAAUUGCAACCUACAGAAUUAGAACCAGCCGAUGAAGAAGAAUUACAACCUACAGAAUUAGAACCUGCAGCACUUGACGAUGAGAGUGAACCUGAAGAACUCGAAGCAUCUGUUCUCGAUGAAGAAUUAGAAUUACAACAAGAAAUGGAACGCCGAAUGCGUGAAGAAGAGGAAGAAGCCAAACGUAAAGAAGAAGAAGAACGUAUCAAGAAUGAAGAAAAAGAGAGACGUAAAGAACAGAGACGUUUACAACGUAAAGAAAAGAGAAUUAAGGAAAUGAAAGAAAAACAAAAAGAAGAAGAAGAAGAAGAAAAGAAGAAGGAAAAAAGAUUAGCCAAAAGAAAAGCCAUUUCUCGUGAAUUACUUUCCACAGAGGAAUCCUAUGUGAAAGCUUUGGAUACUUGUCGAAAGAUUUAUAUGGAAAGAAUUAUUACGUCACCAAAAACAAUUCUUCCAAAAGAAAAAUUUGACAUCAUUUUCAAAGAUAUUGAUUUGAUUUAUAAGGUCAAUUAUGCAUUUUUAACAAAACUUAAGGCCUUAUUCCAAAAUGAAGAGGAAUUGUGGGAAAAUGUGGAAUACAAGAUUGGUGAAUUGGUACUUUCGUAUGCACCAAGUUUUAAGACCUAUUGCUCCUUUGUGAAUAAUUAUGACAGAGCUGAGGCAAUGAUGUUUGCUUGUAUUAAGCAGUAUAAGCCAUUUGCUGACUUUUUGGAUCAAAUUUCAAAUGAAUUGUUGGAUCAAGGUUUUCGUCAGACCGACUUGGGAUCUUUCUUGAUUCAACCUGUCCAACGUUUGCCUCGUUACAACCUUCUUCUCACAGAUCUCAUGAAAAACAGUGACAGUACAGAAUCUACAGGUUAUAAAAUUCUCAAGAGAGCUCUUAAUGAAGUUCAAUCCAUUACAGGAUUUGUCAACGAAGCUAAAAGAGGUGUUGAGUUUGAGGCCAUGGCAUCAAAAUUAUUGGAAAAGUUGCAACUUACUCUUCCAGAAAACUCAGGAAGAAAAUGGAUCCACACUGAGAAGAAACUUCGUGGUUAUCUCUACGAGAAGAGAAAAGAAUCAACCACAAAGAAUAAGGCGCCUUAUUUUGUUGCCCUUCAUAUUUUGAGCGAUUAUGCAAUUGUUAAGAGAAAGAAAGGACCAAUGUCUAAUAAGGUCCACGUAUUCAAUUUGAAAUACACCAGAAUCAGAAGAAAGGCAGCAGAUAUGGAUAAAGAUGGUUUGUCAAUGACUUUGGAAGAUGAACAACAAUCUAAACAAACACCACCUGCUAUGGAAUUGGAAGUGAAAUUCCCAAGCAAGGAAAUGAGAGAAGAAAUUUUGACCAAAUUGACCAACAUUCAUCUCGACUUGAAUGCUUAA